CUAGUAUCUAGUUUGAUCUCGUAUAAUCUCAAUUAUACUUCAGUGUUUAUGUAUUUAAAUGGUGAUUGGUUUCAUUGUUUAUACAACUGUAUGAUUGAUGUAGUUACAAUAAGGAGAUAAUAAGAUUAAUAUAUAAUAUUGUUUUUAUCAAACAUCUAUAAUAAAAAAUAUAAUCUCAUAAUAAUACGAAGAAAUGGUAUUUCUUACAAAUAUUUUAGGUUAUGUUAUAAAAAUAUCUAUACUGUAGGUACCUAGAAAACAUUUACGCGAUGGAUUCAUAGAUUCUUUACGUCUUAAUGUAAAAGGAGGUACUGGAGGGUCCGGUCUUCCUCGAUAUGGUGGAAAAGGUGGCUCAGGUGGUAACGUUUAUGUUAUGACGAAAAAAGAAUUGACGUUAAGAAAUGUUAAAAAGAAAUGGAAAAAAGUAAAUAUACAUGCUGAAGCAGGUACCAAUAGUUCCAGUAAAGGAAUUCUAGGAAAAUCUGGUAGUGAUAUAAUUAUUGAAAUUCCGUGUGGUAUAACUAUCUUUGAUGAUAAUGGUUUAAAGUUAGGAGAUUUGAAUAAAGACGAUUUAAAGUUAUUAGUGGCAAAGGGUGGUCUUGGUGGUUGUCCAGAAACAGGUUUUUGUGGUCAGAAGGGACAAACCAGAACAAUAAUACUUGAUUUAAAACUGAUUGCUGAUGUGGGUUUAGUUGGAUUUCCCAAUGCUGGAAAAAGUACAUUUUUACAUGCUAUGUCUAAAGCACGUCCAAAGAUUGCACGUUACCCGUUUACUACUUUAAAACCGCAAUUAGGUACUAUGAUUUACAAUGAUCUUAGACAAAUAACAGUUGCAGAUUUACCAGGUUUGAUCGAAGGUGCACAUGUUAAUAUUGGAAUGGGACAUAAAUUUUUAAAGCACAUAGAAAGAACAAAGUUACUUUUAUUUAUCGUAGAUAUUCAAGGUUUCCAAUUGUCCGUACAUAGUCUUUAUAGAACCUUUUUAGACACAGUUAUCUUACUAAACAAAGAAAUUGAACUAUACAAACCAGAUUUAUUAAAUACACCUUCUAUGCUUAUAAUAAAUAAAAUGGAUACAAAUAAUGCUGAUAAAAUUUAUGCUGAUAUAAAAGAUAAAUUGGAAGAUUUACCAAAUGUUGCUUCAGAAUAUCCUGAAGAAAUAAGACCUGAUCAUGUUAUAGAAUUUGAUGAUAUUGUGACAGCAUCAUUAGCUCUAAAAAAGAAAAAUGAAAUAGAAAUGAUUAAAGAGAAAAUACGAAAUAUACUUGAUAUUAAUCAAGAAAAAGAAUUAAUAUCAAAAAAAGAAAUUGUACCUAAUUCUGAUUUACAUGAAAAACUAAAACAGCAAGUAAAGCAAAUUGGUCCUACACUUGUAUAAAUUUGUUUUUAAAAUCUUCUAGAUUAAUAAAAGACAGUUAUAUAUAUAUAAGUAAAAUAAUUAUUAUAUAUUAAAUAUACAUUCAAUACAUAUAACUUACAUAGUUGAAUCCAUAGCAAGUUUUUUUUCUAUCUUUAUUCGUUUGCAUUUUAAUUUUGAAAAUCGCACUCUUUCUGUCCAAUCUUCCCCUAUGGCUGCUUUUGUUUCUACAGUUACAUUUUUAAUCUCGCUUUCAUUUCUGAGUAUAUCAAUACCUGAAAUCCAUUUUUCUACUCCAUUCCAAGCUAUCAUAACACCAUUAUCAGUACAUAAUCUUGGUGGUGUCCUAACAAGCUUAUAGUUUAGUUCAGAACAUAUAAUAUCCAAAGCUUUUGCUAUAAAAUUAUUACAUGCAACACCUCCUGAUAUUACCUAUAAUCAUAUCAGUUAUAUAAUUGAAAAAUUACUGAAUUGAAUCAGAUAAAUGUUUACCUACCAAUGUUCGUUUAUCUUCAGGAAUUAAAUUAAUAUAAUCAAGAAAUUCUAUUGCUCUUUGAGUUUUAUGACAGAGAUGUUUUGUAAUUGCAAAUUGAAGGCUAGCACAUAAAUUGUAAACAUCAGGUAUAAUCAUGUCAGCUAUAAUAUUAUGUUUCUUCUCUUCUUCAGUAAUGUGCUUUAUACAUGUUGCUAAUAUUCCAGAGAAACUAAAUCUACAGUCCUGAUAUGACUUCAGAGAGUCAUUAAAAAUAAACUGAUUUACAUUAGAUGCCUUGCAUGCCGCUGCUUCUACUGCUUCACCUCCACUCAUAUUAUUAAAAUCUUUUAUAUUAUUCAAUUUAAGUCUACGAGCAGCCUAUAAAAUACUUCUAUAUUUUAUUUUUGUAAUUGCUAUAUAAUAUUUAUAAAAAUUAUUUUAAAUUUAUUAAUAUUAUGAUAGUGUACCUUAUCUAAGAUUUCUCCUGGUGCAUUGUUCAUCGAUGAACCAAGUAUAAUAAAUUUCUGUACAUUUUGAACAACUACAAGCAUACUAUGACCACCUGAUAUUAAAAGUACAAGAUAAGGAAAAUCUACCUAGAAGAAAAUAUUUUAUGUUAUUCUUAAUGUCUAGUUAUGUAUAAAGAAUAAAAAUAAAUUCUCUAUUUUAUA